UAGUCUUGAUAUCGAAGGUUCAUUCGAUGCCUAGCUUGGCAUCUUUAUAUGUGAGAAUACUAUUGGGAGAUAUGUACGAGAUGCACGGGGUUUAAACCUCUAGCUCCGCACAAAUUCCGGGUACCUUACCCCUAAAUCAAUGCCCAAACCUCUAUCGCCGGAUACCUCCGCCCAUCGUGCAGAAUCAUUUAAAGCGAGAUAGCUUCAUAUAGUGAUCGUGUAGAAUUGAAGCCAAUCAGAUUUGAGCUAGGCAGGGCUGUAAUCAACUCAUCUAGCUGUUAAACAGGCCUGGAAGAUAUCGUAUCGUCAUGGGUAGAAAAUAAAUAGCCCGUAGGACUAAGAUUAAUGAUUAAAAAUUCAGAGACGAUUAGAAAACGAGCAUAUUCCUAGGCGUUUCCUGAGUGUCGCUCUCUAGAGAAACAGCCCGUACUUCGUAUCGUGUUAUACCAUGGCCACUCAAAUCCGUGAUACUGAAUUUGGCCAUCUCAUCCGUUUUGUAUCUAGGCGCAAAAUUUUCAGAUACCCCGACGAAGAGGAUGCUUCACUAUGGAAACAGUUCCUCCAAAGGGACAUGAGUUCAACGACCACAUCGCCAGGAGAGCAACUAAACCCACCUGAAGGCCUUUGCCCCAAUACUCUCGUUGAUGAUGGCCGAGAUACGUACUUAGUACAGUGGUACGGGUCUGACGACCCAGAGAAUCCGCAAAAUUGGUCAGGCAGAUGGAAGCUACUAGUCGCGUUCUUAAUGUGUAUCCUCAACUUCUCCUUCUACAUUGCGAGCUCGAUAUAUGUCCCCGGUAUACCAAGUAUUAUGGAGGACCUAGGUACCAGUGAGAUUGUAGCAACGCUAGGGCUCUCCCUUUUCACCAUUGGGUAUGGGCUAGGCCCUAUGCUCUGGUCUCCCAUGUCGGAGAUCCCCCAACUGGGACGCAGCCCCCUUUAUUUCUGGACGUUCCUCGCCUUUAUCCUGCUUCAACUCCCAACCGGAUUCGCUGUCAACAUGCCCAUGUUCCUCGUCUUCAGGGUUGUCACUGGCUUCGUUGGCAGCCCCCCAUUGGCGACCGGAGGUGCUACGAUCAUUGAUAUGUAUGACCCUGCUCGUGCUGGGUACGGCAUAUGUAUCUUGUCAUCAUUUGGGGUCCUUGGUCCUGUCUUUGGCCCGAUAAUUGGUGGAUUCGCGGCCCCAGCAGAGGGGUGGAGGUGGACAAUUUGGAUAUUCACAUGGCUAUGCGCGCUUGUGGUCAUCCUGCUGUUUUUCUUACUCCCCGAGACCAGCGCCGCGAAUAUCCUGUACAGGAGAGCGAAGAGGUUGCGGGAACUAACCGGAGACAUCAGGUUCAAGAGCCAGUCUGAGAUCGACGCUGCGAAUCACACCGCGAAGGAUUAUUUGCUUGUCCUCGGUAGAGCAUUCACGCUAACUUUCUCGGAGCCUAUCGUCUUCUUCAUGGACCUGUACUCGGCCCUUCUAUAUGGCGUACUGUUCCUGUGGUUCGAAUCGUUCCCUCUAGUCUUUGGUGAAAUUUAUGGAUUUGGUGCUGGAGCACAGGGGCUAGCAUUUCUCGGUAUUUUCGUCGGUGCUCUUGUCACUGUACCUUUCUUCCUGGUCUGGAUUCGAUACGGAAUAAUCCCGCGGUUCGCUAAGCCAUCAUUUAAGCCGGAAAUGGUCCUCCCACCGACAUUUGUAGGGGCUGUCACCCUGCCCAUCUGUCUCUUUUGGUAUGGUUGGACAGCGCGGGAGAGCAUUCAUUGGAUCGUCCCUAUCAUCGGCUCCAGUCUCUUUACUGUGUGUGUAGUCACGUUAUUCAACACAGUAUUCAACUACCUGGGGAUCUCGUAUCCCACUUAUGCAGCAUCGAUAUUUGCAGGAAAUGCGCUUUUUCGUGCCUCGUUCGGCGCGGCAUUCCCCUUAUUCGCCCGAGAACUAUUUCGCCACCUUGGUAUCGGUCCUGGUAAUUCGCUCCUCGGGGGGAUUGCAAUAUGCUUUAUCCCUAUUCCUUUCGUUUUUUAUCGGUAUGGUGUAAAGAUUCGUCACAUGAGCAAGAAUGCCCGGCACGAUAUUUAAAGAGGGAUACACAUACCUUAUGCCUGAUGCAAGCCUUGUAAAGUUAUUUUGGAGAUUGUUUGGAGACACUUAAGGUAGGAUAUCUGUGAUGAUAGAGCUUCGUAGGUAGAAUAUGCUUCUUAGUAAUUUUUGACUGCAUCGGUCUUAGUCUCAUCAAUUGUUAAAGAAGGAGGAAUUGUAGGAACCAUGAUGGCCGUGUUGAAAUGUCAAUAAUUGAUGUUGUUUGAAGGUUGUUAUUAUGUGAAGUCGUAACGAAUUUGGUAUGCCUUAGGUUCGCAGGAGGUUACACAAUAGCCCAAAGUUUACCCGUAAUAGCCAAUCAAACCCCUAAAGAUGUAGGGGAUUUUAGUGAUAAGGAGCGCUAUUCUUACAGCCCCGGAGGUAAUUUAUAGCGUUGUUGGUUGAACCGCCGAUUGGUUUGUGAGGCUAUUCACAACUUCGCACUGACCAGUCUCCUACCUACUAGGUAGGUAUAUUUUAUAGUGAAGUUGUGCCCAUAAACUGACCCAAAUUCAACAGAUGUAUGUGCUACAAAACAGCUUCAAAACCUCCAAGUACUAGGUAAGCUUAUGGCAUUCCGGAUUUUCGCCGAGUCAGGGUUACUAAUAGGUAAUAACAGGAAAGCCGCACUUAGUUCGGU